AUAGUGAAUGGUGCAACAAUCAAAAUAAUUAUCAGAAAGAACUGUGACCCAGUUAACGAUUUUUCCAGCGAUUAUGUGCAUUUGGAAUUGCCAGAAUCUGAAGAAAGUGAUGAUCUACAAAACAUGGAAAAUAAAGGCAAACAAAAGUUCAAAGUAAAGGAAAUGUAUCUGACAAAACUGCUGUCUACAAAGGUUUCCAUACAUUCCUCUGUAGAAAAACUGUUUCGCAGCAUUUGGACCAUCUCUCACAAACCUCCGAUAGCUAUAAAAUACUACUUUGAUUUCUUGGACAAUCAGGGAGAAAUAAGAAAGGUUUCAGACCCGGAUAUAUUGCACAUUUGGAAGACUAAUAGUCUUCCGCUGAGGUUUUGGGUCAACAUAUUGAAGAACCCACAAUUUGUUCUUGACAUAAAAAAGACAGCACUUCUAGAAAGCUGCCUAUCAGUAAUUGCACAGGCUUUCAUGGAUGGAUUUUCUCUUACAGAGCAGCAAUUAGGGAAGUCAGCACCAACUAACAAGCUGCUUUAUGCAAAAGACAUCCCACAGUUUAAAGAGGAGAUAAGAUCCUAUUAUAAAAACAUCAGAGAUGCCCCUCCACUGUCUUCCACAGAGCUGUCAGAAUUUCUGACUACAGAAUCAAAGAAACAUGAACAUGAAUUUAAAGAUGACGUGGCUAUUUUGGAACUGUACAAGUACAUUGAAAAAUACAAUGAUGUGAUUCUAAGCACUGUAGAAAAGGAAGGCGGAUUUGAUUCUGAAUUGAAGCAGUUGUUGAAACUUCAAAAAUUAAGCAAAGACAAGAAGAAGUGUACAUGGGAAUGACGAUGACCAACAAGAACGCAACUCUGAAGUAUCCUCACUGCUGUUUGGCUAGUGCAUAGUUCUGUGUAAAUGGAAAAAGCAAAGAGGAUUUCUAAGAUGACCUCCUCCACCCUCCAGGAAAGGGCUUAGGAAAACACAUAUACAUGCAUGCAUUGAUGUCCAAGUGAUGGAAUACAAAUUGUCCAUGCUGGCUAGUUAUGGAUGAAGGGAGAAUGACAGAGCUAACAUGGAUGAUGUACACUCUGUGGUGUUGGAACUC